AUGACAGCAUACGGGCAUUCAGCUGGUGAAUUCAUCGAGUGCCUCAGUAUUGCAAUACAAUUGAGAAAAGAAGAAACUGUGGACCAAUAUGGAAACGUAGCAUAUCGGGUCGGAUUCAAAAUUGGUGGCGGAAUUGAUCAAGAUCCCGCCUGUGCGCCAUUCAGAUACCCCGAUCAGGGCAUAUACAUAACGCAUAUCGAUGAGGAUUCGCCAGCGGCUCGAGCUGGUCUCAGACGUCACGACAAAAUCUUGCAGGUGAAUGGGCUCGACUUCACGCUGUUAACUCACGAGAGAGCGGUGAAAUACAUCAAGAAGUAUGCAGUGUUAGACAUGCUUGUGGCUCGAGCCGAACUUCCACCUUUACACCACUGA